AAGCCAGAUCAUCUCAUACUUCCCUCCUCACAGAGAGUCAGUCAGAAAAACAGACAGAGAGAGACAGGCAGUUAGGUAGACAAGCAGACAGACAUGGCCAGGCUGGACGUGACAGAGACCUUCCAUCACAUCUCAUUCCCUGGGCACAUUCACACCCAGGACUCCCUGAACUAUGCCCUCCACUUCCAGUUUCGGGACAGGGACACUGUCAUCGCCACCUACCCCAAAUCAGGGACUACCUGGAUGCAGGAGAUUGUAACUCUUGUGAAAAACAGAGGGGACCCACAACUCUCCAAAACUGUGCCCAACUGGGCACGAGCCCCCUGGCUGGAACAGCAUUACAGUGCAAAUGUGCUGGAGGCUACCCAGGGGCACCGAAUCAUCACCACUCACCUGCCCUACAACCUGCUGGCUUCUGCACUCCAGGGCUCCAAAGCUAAGGUCAUCUAUGUCGCCAGAAACCCCAAAGAUGUUGCUGUGUCAUAUUACCACUUCCAUAAAAUGGCCAAGUUCCUCCCAGAACCCAAUUCCUUUGAUGAGUUUCUGGAUAGUUUUCUGGAGGGAUCAGUAAGUUAUGGGUCCUGGUUCGAUCAUGUGAAAGGCUGGACGAGUCAAGCAGGAGUCUUGGCAAAUGUUCUUUAUAUCUCUUAUGAGGAGAUGUGGCUGACCAUCGUAAUGCUCCAUCAUGUUAGAACGUGGAAAGGCACUUAGCCACUGAGGGAACUGUGAAGAAAAGAAGCCUGGCCCAGUGCCUUUAACCCACCAACCAGCUACAAAGACAGAAUACAGUCAAUCCUGCUCAGAGACAGGCACAGGCUCCACAGAUAUAGACUAGAACCAUAGUAUAUUUACAACAUGCAAGACAUAUGCAGACACACAUUCAUGUGUACAUGCAUAUUAUACGCAUGUGCUGGUUUGGUUCCAUUGAAACAUUAAUAAAGUACAUGUUGGUAUUUUGA